CGUCACUGGGGCGGGCCCGGGGGACCACGUGGCCCGCUAGGGGGUGACCGGGUCGCAAAGGCGGAAUAGGAAAAGCUAGCCUCACCCCGAGUGCCCUCCCCCCCGCGAUGGGCGUGCAGCCCCCCAACUUCUCCUGGGUGCUCCCGGGCCGGCUGGCCGGGCUGGCGCUGCCGCGGCUCCCCGCGCACUACCAGUUCCUGCUGGACCUGGGCGUGCGGCACCUGGUGUCCCUGACGGAGCGCGGGCCCCCCCACAGCGACAGCUGCCCGGGCCUCACGCUGCACCGACUCCGCAUCCCUGACUUUUGCCCGCCGGCCCCGGAACAGAUCGACCAAUUUGUGAAGAUCGUGGACGACGCCAACGCCCGGGGAGAGGCUGUCGGAGUGCACUGUGCCCUGGGAUUUGGCCGCACUGGCACCAUGCUGGCCUGCUACCUGGUGAAGGAGCAGGGCUUGGCUGCAGGAGAUGCCAUUGCUGAGAUUCGGCGCCUGCGGCCAGGAUCCAUUGAGACCUAUGAACAAGAGAAAGCUGUCUUUCAGUUCUACCAGCGAACAAAAUAAGGGACUGGUCAGCUCCCCGUCUCCCGCUGCAUAUGGAGAAUGUGGCCAGGGUGGAAGGAAAGUUCUACAGCUUCAGCUCCCUUUGCCUCCUACUGGACAGAAGUUUUUCCCUGAAGCCAUAACCUGAUUGACAGGAUGGCUGAGACCCCAUGAAUAUGAUUUAAUAACUUAUAAGAACUUAUUUACACGGCAUAGCAUUUACACAGCACUCCCAAUACAUCAUCAACUCCAUGUAGCCCUGGGUCCCAGAAGAGAUAAAAACCAUUUCUGUUCUUCAAAUGAGGUGGCUAGAGCUCAGAAAAGCCUGUGGUCACAAUUCUGAAAAGUAGGAUAGGCCAGGGCUGCAACACACACUUUUGUCUCCUUGAAGAUGUUGAAAUUCUAGGUGCUGUCCCCUAAACAUAUGUGAUAUGCUUUCUGGAGAAUUGGUCAAUGAAAGAGAUCCAUGUCUCUGGCCACCCAGCUCCAAGCAGCCCCAGUGGAGGCUCAUCUCCACUUGGGUCACCUUCUCAGGGUACAGAGACUUGGGUAUCAGAGAUGUCUUUCUCCUCCUCCUCUCCCCCUCUUCCUCUCCUCCACCCCUCUCCCCCCCUCCCUCGGGAGCUGGCCACCUCUUAGCAGCCUCAGGUGUAUUAGCUCAUCUAUUACCUCCAGCCCCUGUGUCGUCCCCAGCCUCAAGCCAAGGAAUGCCAGAACUGAGUCUUGGUGGCUAUACAGAAUGCAUAUUAAGUAGUCAAAUAAAUAGCUCCAGGGCUGUGACUCUUGGCCAUGUUUCUCAGGGGUUAACCUCUUCACUUGUCCCCUGUAGGACUCCAUUCCGCCAUUAGCACCACACUUUGGACUUUCCGAGAGAGGAGAUGAAUAUCAUACAUGAGCCCAAUGGACUCUUAUGAUGUCAGUCUGAAUUUUUGCCCUGUCUGCUGCCGUAAUAGGCUGAACUGAGUAAGGGAGAUUCACCCUGAGAUAUACAUCGAGCGCCUGUGUGAAGUAGGCGCUGUUAGAGGCGGAAGUCCCGCAGCAAAAUAAAACAUGAUUCCUACUCUCAGGAGCCCAAGCCUUCUGGAGAAGGUGGGUAGUAGCAGUCCAUUCCCACAUGGCAGAUACUAAGGCCAUCUCUACUAUUCCAGACACAGGAAAGAAUAGUCAAGAAUUCCCCGAUAGCCUCCAACUGUUGUAAUGCAGACCAGAGCUGCACCUAUGCCAUGCCCUCCCCCAUACUUCUCUCCCCAUCCUCUGCUGCCCCUAACUAAACAUUAUCCUGCUCACUCUUCCACAAAAGAGUUAGUUAAGCAAGAAAUGCAAGAUGCCCUCACCUAGAAUCCUUUCUGUGUCUAAUGUAGGGGAUCCAUUCCUUAAUGACUUCCUUGGGUCCUAUAUAGCCCUCCCAAGGGAAUAUAUAAGCCAAAGAGAAGAAACUCAAAAAGUCCAGGCACUCAGGCUGUGACUGGGAAAGAGGAAGUAUAUACUGCAUGAAACCCUGGCCUUCCUAUCACCAAAAGCUCCACAUACCCUGCCGUUCGAACGCCUGCCCAUGCUGCAAACCAGACCAUCCUCCAAGGGAGUGUGCAUGACUGUGUAAUGUUUUCCUGAGGAGGGCAUGGCCCAGGAGUAGAGUGGAAGGUGCAUUUCCUCUGCCCCUGCUGCUGUGCCCAGAGUAUGUCUCUUCACCUGCAUGGGUCAACUGGGCCAUGGGCCCGGUCCUGGGCCUCUCUGUCGUCUGUCCCUCCCCAUAUCCUCUGCACUGCCAGAGCAGAGUCUGCUCUUACCUUCCUCCCCAGGCUCCUUUGAAGGAGACAGAAAAUUUUUCUAACCCCAUUAAAGCCCUGUGUGCAGUUCCCUCCCCAUAAUUUAAGCAAGUCUCCUCUGCCUCAAGAGUUCCUUAGGGAAAUAAACAUAUAAUUAUGUGCUUAA